AUGACCUCCUAUUUCUCCUACUUCAGCCCCGUACCUGCCUUUCCCUCGUACACAGGCCCGUACGUAGUGGGGAGUAUCGAUGUCGAAAUACCAGUGGCAGAACUCGAGUCACCUUCCCCCGCGCCCGAUGAAUCUAUUUCGACAAUCCAAUACCGCAUCUUCUAUCCUUGCGAGCCGGAAUCUAGUUCAAAGGCUCAGACCGUAAAUUGGGUUCCCGUUCCGCAGCGUAGCCAUCUCUCUGCGUUCAGCAGAUUUGCAGGUGCAGGAUCCGUCUUGGCCGAGUUUGUGUCAUUCAUCCCCCGUCUUUUGCACUACAUCCAGAUUCCAGUCCACAAGAAUGCUCCCCUACGUCAGCCAGAUACAUCCACCUCUCGAUGGCCCGUCAUGAUAUUCUCCCAUGGUCUGGGCGGCUCGCGGAAUGCCUACUCUCAAAUCAUAGGCUCCAUCGCCUCCCAUGGUAUGAUUGUCAUAGCCCCUGAACACCGAGAUGGCUCGACGCCUGUAUCCUACAUUCGAGCCGUGCCCUCUACCGAAACCACAACGGAAAAGGUAGACCCUCAAGUGGGCAAGAAGGUGGUGGAUUAUGUCCGGAUAUCACAUACGCCAUCGCCGGAAGUGGAACAGCAGAGAAAUGCACAAUUACGAACUCGACUAUGGGAAAUGGGCUUAGUCCAUGACAGCCUCAUAAAACUAGACAACGGCAUGUCUCUGACAAAUCUCAACUCUUCUUCCAUCACGCUAUCGCCUUUUAAAGACAAGAUGGAUGUCCACACACCGGGCAAGAUCACCUUCGCGGGUCACUCCUUCGGUGGCGCAACUGUAACACAGCUUGUGAAAUCAACAUUCUACUCCCCUCUCACAUCCUCCGCCCCGGCAAGUUAUACGCCUCUAUUCACACCUUCCUCACGCUCGUCAAUCGCCGAACAAAUCACACCCCAAACCCCACUUAUCCUCCUCGACGUCUGGUGUUUCCCCCUCCGAGCCGAAAGCACACGCUGGCUCUGGGACAAGCCCUUCCCAUGCUACAGCACCGGUGGGCCUGGUGGCGCCGCCCUCCUAGCGGUAGAAUCACAGGCGUUCUUCAAGUGGCGAGAACACCUCCAAGCAACGAAGCGCCUCCUAUCCCCCGACCCAUCCAGCACGUCACCGCACCAAAAUUUCAAUGACUCGGAAGGAAGAGAGAUCCCAACGCCUAAUUUCUACUACGCAGCAUCCUCAGCCCAUCUCUCACAAUCUGAUUUUGGCAUCCUCUUCCCUUGGUUCACAAAGCGGUUUAUGGCCGUCCAAGAGCCCGAGCGCAUCAUGCGCCUUAAUGUGCGCGCGGUGCUGCAGACUCUGAGAAACUGCGGGAUUGAAGUCUCGAAGACCAGUCAUGCGGAUAUGGAGCUGGAGGACGAUAAAGCGGCGACUACAGAUGAUGAUACUGCAAUCUUGUCAAGCGAAUUACGUGGUUGGAAUUUUAUCAGCACUGAUUUAAGUGAGGGUGAGGCGGAGGCAAGUAAAUUGAUGGGGAAAACUCCAUCCAGUGUCGAUCCUAGUGAUGCCGUUAUCAGGAAUGAGGUAUUGGAGAAUCGGAAGGGCAAGGAAGUGACUACUUGA